GACAGUGUGUUGCGUUCUGGCGGAGUAAUGGAGGGACGCUCAAGAAACUGGAGCAAGUGAUUAAACGUAAACGUAAACAUCAAGCUCUUCAAUGGAAGACUCUACAUAAGCACCAGUAAAACGUCGUCAUCACAAUCCUGAUGGAUUUCUCCAUAGACUGUCAUUGUUAAUGUGGACAUCAGCAGCAGAUCAUCUGGGUUGUGAAUCAGAUCUUCAGUAGAGGAGGACAGGAGAUCUCACAGGGAAUGCCAGGGGGAGACGGCUUUCCUGAUGGAGAGCAGGACAACUCUUCUCCAGGCCCAGACAUACACACGGGCCAGACGGACCAAACCAGUAGUGGCCAAGACCCCGGGACCAGCGGGAACAUUUCCGCAUCUGGAGAGGAGGAAGAGGCGGAGGAGCGGAUAGGAAGGAGAAGCAGCGGGUGUGAAGAGAGCGGAGGAGAGCAGACGCAUGAGGAUGUGGACAUGAACAGCACCCACACCUCCAGCAGUGGAAAUGACAGCAUUCAUCAUCGUCACCACCAUCAUCAUCGUCACCAUCAUCAUCAUCAUCAUCAUUCCUCUUCCAACUGCAGCCCUGGCAGCACCACGGGAUCAGGGAGCACUAAGAGCUCAAAAUCCGCCACUGGUUCCUCGUCCUCCAGCUUUCACAGCACUCAUCACACUGAAUGCGGUGAGCAGACGGAGACCGGGCGCGAGCACACACACAGAGAGAUGAUGCAUACGGUGCAGGAGAUGAAGAAGCGUCUGCCGUCUGAGAAGAGGAGCCGCAGUAAAGCCAGCACUGUGGAGGCUCUGCACUACGCUCUCAACUGUGUCAAACAAGUACAAGCAAACAGCGAGUACUACAACUUACUGAUGAGCAGCGGCCUGGACGAGAGACGGGACGCCACUGUGUGCACACUGGAGGAGCUGGAGGGAUUCACUUCUGAACACACACUUAAAAACACGGACUCUUUUGUGGUAGUUUUCUCUCUGGCCUCGGGGAAAGUGGUUUAUGCGUCUGAGCAAGCCUCCAGUGUGCUCCACUGCAAGAGGAAGUUCCUGGAAUCGGCCAAGUUUGUGGAGAUGCUGUACCAUCAGGACGUCAAUGUGUUUUACUCUCAUACCGCACAGCCACGACUGCCAUCCUGGAACUUGGGCACAGACAGCGCGGCGGUUCUGUUUGAAUGUGCGCAGGUCAAAUCCUUCUUCUGUCGAAUCAGAGGAGGGAAGGACCGGGAUGGAGACAUGCGCUAUAGUCCGUUCCGGAUCACUCCGUACCUGCUGAAGGUUCAGGGUUCCAGUGGAGAGGAGGAACCGUGUUGUCUGGCCCUCGCCGAACGCAUCAUCUCAGGAUAUGAGGCUCCUCGCAUUCCUAUGGACAAGCGCAUAUUCAGCACGACUCAUUCACCAGGAUGUGUCUUUUUAGAAGUGGAUGACCGUGCGGUGCCUUUGCUCGGCUACCUCCCUCAAGACCUGAUCGGUACCUCAGUCCUGACCUGCCUGCAUCCAGACGACCGGCUGCUCAUGCUGGCCAUGCACCGCAAAAUUGUGAAGUACGCGGGUCAGCCUCCGUUUGAGCAUUCGCCCAUCCGCUUCCGCUGUCAGAACGGAGAUUACGUCACCCUGGACUCCAGCUGGUCCAGCUUCAUCAACCCAUGGAGCCGAAAGGUGGCCUUCAUCAUCGGCAGGCACAAAGUUCGCACUGGCCCUCUAAAUGAGGAUGUUUUCGCUGCACGGAGUAAAGCCGAUCAGCCAGUCACGUGUGAAGAUGUUAAAGAGCUGCAAGCCAUGAUCCACAAGCUGUUCCUGCAGCCUGUUCAUAAUAAUGGAUCCAGUGGUUAUGGCAGUCUGGGCAGUAACGGCUCUCACGAGCACUACAUCAGCGUGGCUUCGUCCAGCGACAGUAACGGAAACCUCUGGGAGGAUUCGCACAGAGAGACAAUGACUCUGCAGCAGUUUUGUGCUGAUGUUAAUAAAGUGAAGAACUGGGGCCAACAGGCGUAUCUGGAGUCGCGGAAAAAACUCACAGCUCUUGGACCAGCAACUGCAGUUGCAGGUGCAGGUGUUCAUGCGAGCUCCAGUCACGAUUUGGGGAUUCGGGAUCAUCUGAAACAGUCUCUGCAAAAGGCCCGGAAACAACCACACAUUCCCUCUUACCAGCAGAUCAACUGUGUGGACAGCAUCAUCAGAUAUCUAGAAAGCUGUGCUACAUCGGCUCUUAAAAGAAAGUGUGAAUCUUUGUCCAUCACUACAUCUUCCUCGUCCUCCACCUCAGAAGAAGACAAACCUACAUCUGCUGCACAUGAAAACACUGACGAGGCUGCUCUGGACGCCGCUCGAGCUCUGGACAGUCAGGUGUCUGCAGGUUCAGCCACGACAGCAGCGGUGGUCGGAGCUCCACUAACAGACAUCACCAUCUCCACUGAGGCCAUGAGUGUGGUGUCUGUGACCAGUCAAUGCAGCUACAGCAGCACCAUCGUCCACGUCCCACAGCCUGAGUCCGAAGUCACUGCAUUAGAAGACGCUCCGAUGGGCAGUGAGCCAGCCGACUCCGCCCCUGCUCCUGCAAGCCCCGCCCCUGAUUCUGGCUCCGCCUCCACGUCUCAAGAGGAGCUGCUGGUGCUGGGACUGACCAAAGAGGUGCUGUCGGCUCACACACAGAAGGAGGAGCAGCAGUUCGUGGACCGAUUCCGCCAUCGUAUCCUGCAGAGUCCAUACAGCUCGUACCUGCAGCAGGACAACAGCAGCAAUGCACAUUCACAUCACAGAGGGGAUGUUGUUCGUCAACCAAAUAAACACAAGCGUCCCAAACCAGAGGAUUCGUCCGACAGCUAUGAAUGCUCUCAGCCGGGCAACUACUGGUCUCUUCCAGGACCCACAGCGGCGCCUCACUCCUCCUGGCCGUCCUCAGAGUCCUCUCAGCCUCCGCCAUCCAACAUCGGCUUUGUGCCACCCAUGGCAGUGCCCAUGCAAACACCCCCAUACUUCAACAUCAUAGGUGCGGAUCAGCAGCCCGUCAUGCUCCAGCCUGAUCCAGGAGUCCAGAACCUCCAGCCAAUGACACCCAUGAUGGUGGUCCUGCUUCCCAGCUUCCCCAUGUACCCCCCGAACAAUGGCAUGUAUUUUCCUAUGGCGGCACCAGGGGUGGUUCCCUAUAACAUAGGCGGCUUCGUCCCGCCUGGAGCCCCUAUGCCUGCUGAGGCUCCGUUGCAGGGUCAUAACCUGGAGUCUGCUGGAGUCGGGGUGCCAGCAGAGCCGGACUCUAUCCCUGAGCCGUGGUUUGGGGAGGAUCUGGAUGCAGCUCAGCCCACUGCGCUGUUCUCCAGCUCUCGCUCCAGUUCCCCCAUCCAGCUCAAUCUGCUGCAGGAGGAGCUGACCAAACCCAGCGAAGCACAGACCUCCACUAAUGCUGACAGUCUGCAGGAACCCCACACCAAAACGGAUGAUGCUCGGAGUGAGUGUGGUCAUCAGGACGCUCACUCGUCCUCCAGUGAGAUGCUGGAUCAGCUGCUGCAGGAAGACGCUCGCUCCGGCACCGGCUCCAAUGCCUCAGGAAGUGGCUCCGGAGAGUCUGGAGGAUCCCUGGGCUCUGGAUCAGGACUAGGCUCAAACGGGACGUCUACCAGCCACACUGGCAGCAGCAACAGCAGCAAGUAUUUCGCCAGCAACGAUUCCUCAGACACGUCCCGGAAAGCACGCAAAUCCGCCGAGGCCCAGGAACGAGAGCGAAGCGGCUUCAAGAAACAUGUGGACGACCCUCUGUGGAGCAUGAUCAAGCAGACGCCCGAACCCGUCAUGUUAACCUACCAGAUCAGCUCCAGGGAUCAGGCUCAGGUUCUUCAGGAGGAUCGAGAAAAACUGAUUCUGAUGCAGCCCAUGCAGCCUUGGUUCACUUCGGACCAGAAGAAGGAGCUGGCCGAGGUUCAUCCCUGGAUCCAGCAGAACACCGUCCCGCAGGAGAUCAACACACAGGGUUGUGUAAGUUGUAACACAAUAGAGCCGAAUAAGAAGCUGAAUCUUCAAACGGACUCUCCAAACCCUCCUGACAUCUCUUGUCCACAAGACUGUCCACCACAGGAAAACAGACCCGAUACAGACACCUGACAUCACUCCAGUCCUCAGCCAAUCAGAGCAGCCGCUGGUCCCGCAACCACACAAAGAGCCGAUUCCUGUCCGCUCACAGUGAGUCUGUACACUCGCAGGAGAUGGACACUUCUCUCCGUUACAGACCAUGGACCCAAAUUACUGUGAAUAUCAGACUUUAAUUUGGUAGUGAUGUUUGUGCUUAGUUGCUCUAAUAUGUCUUUUUUAAAGCAGUUUUUAAGGGGGUCAUGAACUGAGAAAUUUAAAAUCUAUUCAAAUGAAUUAAUAUAACAGGUCAGUGCUCUAUUAAAACAUCCAGCCAGCUUUAAAAUGCAAAAUAUUCUCCCCAGCUUAAAAACAGACUAUUAUUGAAGCCAGUCUGCCAAAACGACAGGUUAUGAAUGUGCCUCUAUGUAAUAGUGUGACUAAGCCCCGCCUCCAUAGAAAAUCAACACCCAUUUUUACAUCACUGUCUGUUUAGCUCCGCCCACAAAUAUACAUUGUAUUAGGAAAAUAGUUCAAGCCGAAUUGUGGAGUCAAAUUCAGUCAGUUUCACAAUUUUUUUUAAUGGCUUGUUUCCGAAGGUUUGACCCUUCAUUGCUAUACUAGUAAAACAUUAAAGUGUAGUGGAAAACAUUGCACAAUAAAUACAGGAAAAUGUG